UAUGGAAGUCAACUAAAAUAGAAAAUUUUUCAAAAUUGGAAAUCAAAAACCAAAAUAGUAAAGGUCUUAAGAAAUUGUAGCAAGAACUAUUUCUUAAGAAGAGGAUAUGAAUGAUUUAGGUAACCAACUUUAAAAAAAAAUGCACUUAAAUGAAGAUGAGUCUUAUUUUACUCAAGAAAUUCUAUAUACUGAUCCUUGUGAACCUGAAACAAACUUUGAUGAAAAAUUCUUGAUUCAUUAGGAAGUCACUUUUAACCCUCAAUAGUAUUUAAACAAUGAACAAUCGAUUAUGGGAUGAUAUAUUUAAUUA